GGAUUGGGAUUGGGAUUGCCGCUGGCAUGGCGCUAAUUUCUCACACUUCAAACGUGGCCGGGACUGGCAAUGAAUUUCCGCUCCAGCCUCCUGCGGAUGCUUUCGUUCCGUUUGGCUUUGCUUUGCUUUGCUUUCCCAGCCACCGUGUUUCCAGCUCCCCGAUUUCCCGGUGGCGCCCCUCACCACCCUGAGCACCUAACCCCCUUACCCGCUCCAGUGCUCGUGCUAUUUGGAUAGCUAAGCCUCUCCAGUGCCACAGAUUAAAUGGAUGGGCGGUGCAGUUACCCCGGCCGUUGGAUAAACACGAGCACGAGCACUCGGACCGGGAGUGGGAGUAUGCGUCCAUCGGGGAAGACCUCCUCCGCAUUCACUUCUUUAUGAUUAGUUAAUGGGAUUCAAUUUCAUUCGAAAUCGGGCGCCACAGAACGUGGCAAUCGCAGCUGCCGCAGCUUCCUUUCGCAGAUUACGUAAGGCAACUUUCUGAAGGAAACACUUGUUGGGUCUUUCUCAACUAACCAGGCACGUAGCUCCGGCGAAAGGAGCCAAGUGGGGGAGUUGGGAGGCGGAGGGCGAAAGCCGAACGACUGAAGGCCGGGGAAAGUGAAUCACAGUUGCGCCAUUAGGAGCCCGUGAAAUAAGUUCAAUAUAAGCGGGGCCUAAUGGCGGUAGUUGAGUUCCAUUUACAUUCAGCCUCCAUAAAUUGGCAUGGCUGCGAAAAUCGUUGCCUACUUAAGAGGGCCCACAUUUAGCAGGCGCAGCAUCGGCAUUGUGAAUGCAGCAUUCCACCUCCGCCCUCGAGUGGCAAGAUGAAAAGGUACAAGUGUGCAUUCUAAAAAUAACAAACAACUCGAGUGCGAUAAAAACAGCAGUUGCUACCAAGAUAUAAAGUGCUAGCGUAAACACAGCCAGCAAACGAAGAAGGAGCGCAAACAAACAUCGGAGCCACCUAAAACGGCGAACAAACAGCGGCGAAGGUUGUCCUGUGCGGAAUCCUUGCUGUGUCGGUGUAUUGGUGUACCGGUGUGUCGGAAUAUCGCUCGGAGUGUGUGCCAGUGUGUGUGGGCCAAAGGAGCCAAGCAAAGAGUCAGAGCAAAAAUGUGCAAGUAAUGUGCAGCAAGCAAAGUGCAAUGCCAUCCGUGAAAUCCGCCGAAAGUGAGAUUCUUCUUGGGAUUAUAAGGAGCGACAGCAUGACGAGCGGCAAUUCCCUUAGGACCUGCCUCCUGCUGGCCACCAUCCUAGGAUUACUCUGCCGGACCAAGGCUUUGCCCUUUGAGUAUGUAGAUGAGCACGAGGACUUCAACUACGACCUGGACACGGCGCAGUCCCAGGCCAAGUACGACGCCCGUCUGCUCUCGCAGCAGAUGCUCAGCGAUGCGGAGCUGCAGCGGCAGGGGCUGAGCGACGGCCAGGACAACGCACUGGAUGGCGACUCCGCGGCAGCUCGGGGGACUGGAGCUGGGUCCCACUUGGAUGCGGUAUCCUCUGUCCAGGACGACCUGGAGCCGCACAGCAGGGCAGCGGCGUGCUUCACCAACGGACACAAGUACACGCACGGACAGAAGGUUCCGCGCCUGGAUGCCUGCGAGGUGUGUCUCUGCAUGGACGGCGAGAUCUUCUGCUGGUGGGAGAAGUGCGAUAAGACCAAUGUAAACAAGGCGAGGACGGCGGGGGACAACGCAGGAGUUGGACUUGGUGUCGAGGACGACGGCGACGGCAAUGCCAAUGGCGAUGGCGAUGGUGACUAUUCAGAUCCAUAUCGCCACGAGAGCACAACGGGAAAGUCAACAAAAGUGCAUAAAGCGGCGAGGAAAGUUGGCAAGCGGCAUAAGCAUCGCAAGAAUCAAAAGAAUUUUAAUGACUACGAAGUUUACCACAGCCAGCGGGAGAAGCAGCAGCAGCAGCAGUCGGAUUAUAAAAAGUCCGCCAUAAAGCAGCAGCUCCAGAUGCAUCAAAAACGCAAAAGCGAAAAGAGCGGUGCUGGCAACUACAAUAUAAUCAAGCAACACAAACACGAGCAGCAGCAGCAGCAGCAGCUCAAAAUACCGCAGCAGCAACAUCAGCAACAGCAACAGCAACAACAGAAUGUGGCAGCUUUGGGUGUUAAUCACGCAGCAAAGGCAACGCAUUAUCAGCAGGCAGCUUCGACGCCCCUGCCAACUCCCCCACCCCCGUCGCCGCGCCCACAGCACAGCCACCACCCACACCAGCAGCCGCACUCGUCCAGCAAAAUCCUCAACUUCCCCGAGAACUUGCCAGCCCUGCUCUACUACGACUACAAGACGGAGGAGCACGAGCACCACCAGCACCAGCACCACCAGCAGCACUUGCUGCACGAAAAACAGCGCUUGCUGCAGCAGCAGCAGCAACAGCAGCAGCAGCAGAUGGUGCAGCAAGAGGCGUUGGCACGACAAAGGGCAUCUGAAUCCGCAUCUGAGCCCGAAUCGCGGGAUGGAGGCACAGCAGAGGGCGGCGUUGCACCCAGCGGAGACUUGGCCGCUGAUAAAAACUCUGAUGAGGCGGAAACCGACAGCGAUAUUCUGCCAGAGCCGCCUACAAAGCAGCCCAAGGCAGCUGCCACACAAUGGCCAACUCCAACUAGCAGCAGCUCGGCCAGGGCGUUGAUGACGAGCAACGUGGCAUCCACAUCCACGGCUGCGACAACGACAAAGACAUCGAAAACGAAAACGACAACGACAACGGCGGCAACGGGAAGGACGACGACGACGACAACGACGACAGGCACAAAUGAAAUGGUGACAAGCACGCUGUCUGGAAUGGAGAAGUCCGGGGCCACAGUUGCAGCCACAGAUCUUGGACAGAUGCUACCCGAUCGCCGUGGACCAGACGCGAAGCGAGACGACGCCUUCCACCGCUGGCUGACAUCCACCGAGCUGAAUGCUGACAACACAAACUCCAUGGACGACAGCCUGGAGCGGGAAACGCCGGCAUCGACAAUAAUCGAUGAUGUUGGCAUGGCCAACAAGAGUGACAGGAGCAUCGGCGGCAUCGGGGGCAUCGGGGGCAUCGGUGGCAUCGGCAAAGACAAUGGAAACGACGCCGUCUUCUUUCGCAGCUCGUACAACGAUUACAGCAGCGAAUUCAAUGGGAGCGUUGUCAAUAUUGACAUUACACUAACUGCAGUUGAUGUGCAUCCCCGUCGCCAAACGGAUUUAAUUGCAAAUGGCAACAGAACGUCAGGCGCUAACGACAAUGGCAACAGCAGUAGCAGCCAGGUUGGAGCAGCAGGGACAACAAUGAACCCACUGGCAGCCAGCACCAUCAGCAGCAUCAGCAGCAGCACCAGGAGCAGCAGCAAUCAGGAUCAGCCUCAGCAGAGCCCCGUUGUUCCGCCGUACACCCUGACAACGAUUAUAGCAACUGCGCCGCUGGCUCCAGGGCGUAUGUGCAAUGUUUUGGGCAAACUGUAUAAAAUUGGCGACAUUCUGCCGCAGGACACGGGCAACUGCCUGCAGUGCAUCUGCACGGAUGCCGUGACUCCCGACGAGAUGCCGAGCGUCACCUGCAGUCCGCACAAUUGCCCACCGCUGGUUCUUCCGGAUCUGUUCGAUGCGACUGGUUACUGAGGUUACGGGUUUGUGCUGUAAGUUGCUGCAACGGCGGGCGGGGCGUGGUCCAAACGCCAGGUGGCAGGUAGCAGGAGCAGGUUGCACGCCCCUGCGGCAUGAGCUGUGGGACUUUUUGAAUAGAUCGAAGCGUGAUUUAAAUUUUGAAACCGAAAGCCACAACUGCAGCCAGCCAACGGAAUAGAAGCGAACGAAUGGAAUCGAAUCGAAUCGAAUCGAUUCGCAUCACACUCACAACAACUGCACUACAGAACUCACUCUCGAAUUGCAUGUCACGGUCUCAACUAACUCAACUCAAUAUGAAUUGUAUGGAUUUCAGUGUAAAGCCCUCCCUAUCACGAGUGCCCCGAGCACUCUCUAAAACGAAACCUAUCAGCAGACAUAUAUUAUAUUCGUACCAAACUAUAUAGUAUCGAUCCAAGCCGACCAGAGGGGAGAGAGAGGAAAGAAUAGGAAGGAAAUCGCAGUUGGCUCACAGUCUAGACUUUAAGCUGAAUGUUUAUGCAUUUUAUAAGAAUCCGUAUUCAUCUCUCUCCGCAACAAGAAUCCAUUAAUGUAUACAGCAGUAGCAAUCGUAAAGAAUUUAUAGAUGUACCAAACAGAAGUAUAUAGUAUAUACAAGCAUAUACGAGUAUCUACUCUAUAUCUAAAUCUAAUAUCUAAACCUAUACCUGUGCGUAGCGAGUUCGGUGGGAUCAGUUUGAUUACUUAGAUUAUUUCCCGACUGAGAGGAAACCGUGUAGAGUUUUCAGUGUAUUUAUCAACGGAGAGCCCCGAGCGAAACGAGUAACUUAUACAAAUAUAGGCAACUAAAUCUAAACGAAAAAAACUGAACAAUGACAAAUAAUGAACAACGUGUGUAAUAUUUUAAUUUUGAUAUUAAAAGCAAACAACGUACUCCUCAUUUACAUGCAUGUUAUUGUUUCGCGCUUCUUUGGAAAUUAAGCCAUACGUAAUCUAUGAAUCGAAAAUUGAUGUUAGCAGCAGUGUGUGGACAUUGUUUAAACAAAGACAAAGUUGGCAAGGAAGACACCAUAUCGAGUGGCUAUAACAUUUUAAGGAAUAAUCCCCACUGUAUUUAAUAUAAACUUAGAACCUCGAACUCUCGUACAGUUCAGUGAAUUCAAAAUUUGCGAAGAUUACAGAAAAUCCAUUUGUUUUGGUUUCCGGCGACAAAGGCAGCAUUUAUUUCAAAGCAAGUUUAGGCGUGAUAACCAUUGAUUUAUUCGAAAGGGGUUAAAUUAGGCGGAAUAUAUAAAAAUACUUGAAAAGUAGAAAACAAUUUCGAUUUUAAGGCAAAUCAAAAUACAUUCGAGCGAGUUUUUUAUAACCGGACUCGUAUGAUGGGCAUGUGAACCAUGGAAUCAAAAUGCAAUAUAUACGUACAUGCGAAUAUACCGAUGCAGACAAACGUAAAUAUUUAUUAUUGAUGUUCCACAAGAGAGCGUAUGGUAAAUUCGGAGAAAAAUAGAAAAAUUCAUCUUGAACGAGCGUAUUAAAAAUGUAUACAAAUAUGCGUAUUUAUGUAUGUGUAAAAUAAAUGUAACUACAACUCUCUACUAAUCUGCAACUCGCACACAGAUACAGAUGCACCGGCAUCCGUGUGUUUAAAUUGAAUUUGUGUUUGAAAUCAAAUUGAAAUCAAAUCGACAUGAAUAAACCGAAACCCAACUAAGGCA